AUGCGCGAUGACUCUUGCCCUUCUCUCCGGAUUGGAACGACUCAUUAUUGUCGUCGUCGUCGUCAAAAGGGCCCCACCCACAGCCCGCGCGGGCCCGUUCCGCUCAGCGGUCGUCUGCCCCAGGAUCGCCCUGCGAAUCACGCGUGUCGCGCUCGCGACCGUCGCGGAGUGGGUGGAGACACGGAUUGCUUGUCUCGGAAGUCCUUCCCUCUCGCUGCCACACGCCCUACGCUCGCGUGUGACUGGUCCGGAGGAGACGUUCGGGCGGUGGGAAUGGGCCACGACGACGCCAGCGCUGAGCGGUCGUCGCCGGUCGGGCGGUUGGGUGGGUCAGUCAGUCGUCGUCUCUUCUCGUUCAACGGCUGUGUUGAUAUCAUCGCACACGCCCGCGCGCGAGGGCGCGGAGAGAAAGUGGUCGGGCGAAAUCACGAAGGGUCCUGGACUGGGGGCGACAUCCCACGAGCAGACACGAGUCAUUUUCCCGCCUCUCGUGUGCCGGAUUAUGCAGCGCAGAUGUCGCCAAGCCUUCUCGCACUCAACGCUGUGCUGUCCUCGAGAUCCUCCGAACUCUCACAGACUCCGCUCGGAUAUGCGGCAGGCGUGCAGUGCGCUAGGGCGACACCUCUCAGAGGCGACGGCGACGGCGCACGAUUCGCUGCAGUGGCGAUCUGCAAGCGAGCCCACCCUGCCCAGGUGGUUGUCAGACGUCGCCUCCUCCUCCUGCUGCUGCUGCUGCACACAAUGCUGGAUUGUGUGAACGAAAGCGGUGGCGAACAAAGCCGACGGAGAGCCAUUGUCCUUUGGCGUCUGUUGCGUCUUUUGCGUCAUGCGGGCUCGGCGGUGUUUGGGAGGGCACAAAGUAAGCAGGAACAGAGGAUCGCGCAGUGCUUCGCGGAUGCGGCGUGGCGGCGAACCUGCGCAGGUGGCGAUUGGAUCGUGGAGUGUCCAUAG